UUCGAUCGGACGCACUGCACUGAACUGGUCGCCAUGGCGAACGCACAGAACUUGGUGCCGAAUGCGGACCCACGCUCCGACUGGGAAGGCGAGGUCUUUGAGACCAUGUUUCCGGUGAAAUCCACGUUGGACAUCGACUCCUGCUCUGUGACAGUCGGGGAGGAAACCGGAAAAGCCAACGCCGCAAGCAUCUUCCUGCGGAAGGGCUUUGUGAUACUCCGGGGUGCCCUCUCCGCUGAUCAAGUGGAUGAGCUUCAAGAGACUUGCAAGAAACUCUAUGGCUCCGUAGGAAGACUUGAUCCUGAAGGCCAAGGCAAUCGGAAUCCUGGAAGAUAUUCCUUUGGGGCCAUCACUCCAUCGGGGCAGUGCCUUCACCUGAGGGCUUUCCUUCACUUGUUACAGGUGGACUUCAUCCAUGAGAUUCUUGGGCAAAUCUACCAGGUGAACGUGAACUCGAAGGGUCCGGUCAUCUCGGGGACUGAGUCGGGGUAUUUGGUUCAUGCUGCUGGAGGAGACUUUUGCACAGGAGCAACUUGGGAGUUUCAGAAAUUGCACAGCGAUAUGCGACCUGCGCAGCCACUGAAAGGCAAAGGCUUCGGCAAGUUUGCCAAUUCACCGAUCCACAGCAAGAGCAGUCCUCCUCUGAUUUCAGCCAACUUCGUCAUUCAAGAGUUAACUCCUUGGAAUGGGGCCAUGCGGAUCAUCCCAUGGAGUGAGAUGUACGACUACUGUGGAAGCAAUCUGCUGCAGCCAGCACCAGAGCUGGAAGAGGAAUAUUGGCAUCGGAAGAACUGGCUGAAGUCGAAGAUCUUUCCCUUGAAGCCGGGCGACUGCAUACUUCGAGACAUCAGAGUAUGGCAUGGGGGCUGUCCCAACUUGAGUGGAGAACCACGGUUCUUGCCGAGCAUGGAAGUUUGUUCCAGAGCUUAUCAUUGCUACCUGAAGGAGACCCAACCAGACAGCCGCAAAGCACGAGCUGCCCUGCCAUUGAAGCUGUAUGAAGGUCUUGAUGCAGCUGGCAAAUCUCUCACUGUCCAUUUGGUCACUGACGGAAAGCAAGACGUUGACUUACAUAUUGAAGACUACACGUGGCUGAAGCGAGCAUCAGAGCUCACCUCGCCACCAAGGGACUGUUAUGACAUGAGCCUUUACAAGUUUAUGAAAGACAACCACCAUGAAAUAAUCAUGAUGCUUCAGGCUUUGCACCGGGAGGGUGCAGAACGCGGGUUUGUCAAUCCAUCUGAGCUUCUGGCUUUGCAGAGCCUGCACCCCAAGUUAUAUGCAAUGGCUUCUGAAUGGUUUGCAACCCAGGCCCCUGAGGGUGUGGGUGUGAGAGCAAAGCAGAACCGAUGGAACUCACGUCGUUGCGAUCAGGGAAGGUGGACAGCUCGGAGGGCUUGAUUGACCUCGGCUUUUGGGGAAAGUUCCACAAGUUGUGGGACAAGAUUUGGGUAUUUGUGGGCCCAAAAAGCAAAAUCGUUUUGGGUCGUCAAUCUUGAGGUUUGGGUCCCGGUGAAUCGAGCGACACUCAGCUGACUCAGCUUCCUUGGAAAUUCAGACCGAGAUGUUCACAAGACGUGAGCCAGAGACGCUUCUGUGCGUCGCUUUUUGCGCGACUUUCGAGCACAGCGGUGCGGUUUUCAGCGUGUGACACAUUUUGUUGAUCGAAAA